GGAGAAACUCAGCGGGUGAGGCAGCAUCUAUGGGGUGAAGGAAUGGACUCGACCCGAAACGUUGCCUAUUUCCUUCGCUCCAUAGAUGCUGCCUCACCCGCUGAGUUUCUUCAGCUUUUUUGUCUACCUUCGACUUUCCAGCAUCUGCAGUUCCGUCUUAAACACUUCAUAACACAAUUCAGAUUCAGCUCAUGGGAUGGGUAGAACUGGAUUGAACGGGGGGAACGGCGUGGACUUAAUGGGCCGAAUAGACGCUGUAUCUUGCAAUCAAUGUUUAAAAAGUUGCAAGGGCGCGUUGGGAAGUCAACACCUCCCUCCCUCUCUCCCAAAGAUCCUAGAGCGGAUCUUUGCUCUCUCCUCCCCGCUAAAGCUCUAUAAAAAGUAUUCCGAGCGGCCCCUCCCUUAGUCUGAAACUUGCGAGGAGUUAGUGGAUACAUUUCCACUGCCGUCUCACGGGGAACUGCUGUUAUUUUUGGGGAGAGGGUGUAGGCUGGCAAAGGGUGAAGGUGAAUCUGUGGCAACAGCGAGAAUGAUGAGGGAGGUCCGGCGCUGCUCCUUUUGGAGAGGAGUACUGGGGGAAUUUGUGGGGAUGACCAUCUUCGUUUUUCUCAGCACGGGCUCGACCACCAAGUGGACUCCGAACGGGUUCCCCGCCGACGUGGUACAGAUCGCCCUGACCUUCGGCUUGUCCAUCGCCACUUUAGCCCAGUGUCUGGGGCACGUCAGCGGCGCUCAUCUCAACCCAGCCGUCACCUUGGCUCUGCUCACCGGCUGCCGCCUCAGUGUGUGGCGGGCACUGGCUUAUGUAGGCGCUCAGAUGCUGGGAGCCGUCACUGCCAGCGCUAUUCUGCUGGGGGUCACCCCUAAUUCCAGGAACAGCACCCUGGGACUCAACGCGCUGGCAGAGGACGUGACACCGGGGCAGGGUCUGGGCAUCGAGAUCAUCAUCACCUUCCAGCUGGCGCUCUGCGUCUUUGCCACAACGGACAAGCGGAGGUCCGACCUCACCGGCUCCGGCCCGUUGGCCAUCGGGCUGUCGGUUGUCAUCGGCCACCUGAUGUCGAUUGGCUUCACUGGAUGUGGGAUGAAUCCAGCACGGUCGUUCGGUCCAGCCGCUGUUACUGGUGAUUUCACGAAUCAUUGGCUGUACUGGGUGGGCCCGGUGAUCGGAGGGAUUGCCGCCGCGCUGCUCUACGACUUUGUGCUGACCAGCCGGCCCGAAGAUGCGUCUGAGCGGCUGAAGGUAUUGACCAGCGGCCCGGCCGAGGAGUACGACGUGGAGGGCGAGCGGGACAGUGCCAGGAUGGAAAUGAAGCCCAAGUGAAGGCG